AUGGAGCUGAAGGACUUUACUCUGACGGACGACUGUCACUUCCUCAGCCCACAGCGCCUCCAGGACUCCUCCUCUUCCUCCUCCUCCUCCCCCACUGAUGAAGGGUCUCCAGCCUCCUUCCUCCAGUCCUCCCCCCUCAGUCCCUCCUUCCCUCUGGACUCCACGCUCGGUCUCAGCCCUUCACACCCUGGUUUCCUCCUUCCCAGUCCGGCCUCCUCCUCCUCCUCCUCCUACAGCCUCCUCUGUGGAGCACCGGAGCCUGACUCCCCAACAGGAUCUAGUUCCAGCGGAGGAAGCGUCGGAGGCAGCGCUGUGGUGUCAGAGGCUUCAGUGCGGUUUUCAGUGUCUCGCACAGACUCGUUCUCUGCGCAGGUCGACUCCAUCCUCAGGGGCGACUACCUGACAUCGAUGGGUGCUGUGGGGCCCAAGAGGCUCUGUCUGGUGUGUGGAGACUUCGCCUCCGGGUAUCACUACGGCGUGGCGUCCUGCGAGGCCUGCAAGGCUUUCUUCAAGAGGACCAUACAGGGCAACAUCGAGUACAGCUGUCCGGUGACGAACGAGUGUGAGAUCACCAAGCGGAGGAGGAAAGCCUGCCAGGCCUGCCGCUUCCAGAAAUGUCUCCAGGCCGGGAUGAUGAGGGAGGGUGUGCGCAUGGACCGGGUGAGAGGGGGACGGCAGAAGUACAAGAGGCGGGUGGAGACUGGACUGAGUGUUUACACCAAAAGCCCGUACAGUCACCCCGUCAGCAGCAGAAACAAGGUGAUUUCCCAUUUGCUGUUGACAGAACCCGCCCAGCUGGCCGCCAAUCAGGACGACUCAACCAAUGACAGCAGUCUGCGGACCCUGCUGACCCUCUGUGACCUCCUGAACCGGGAGCUGCUGGUUCUGAUUGGCUGGGCCAAACAGAUCCCAGGUUUCUCCGGGCUCUCAUUGGUCGAUCAGAUGUCGCUGUUGCAGAGCGGCUGGAUGGAGGCGCUGUUGGUGGGCGUGGCCUGGCGUUCGCAGGGCGUGGCGGGGGAGGAGCUUGUGUUCGCCGAGAACCUGCGGCUGGACAAGACUCAGUGUCGAGCCGCGGGAUUGGCCGACCUGUAUGAGGCGCUGCGUCACCUGACGGCUAAAUACCAGGCGAUGAACCUGAGCCCCGAGGAGGUGGUGACGCUGAAGGCCAUGGCACUGGCUAACUCUGACGCCGACCCGGUGGACUGUCCGGACUCUGUGCAGAGGUUUCAGGACGGGCUCCACGAGGCGCUGCAGGAGUACGAGUCGUCCCGCCGAGAGCAGCACCGGGCGGGCCGGCUGCUGAUGAGCCUCCCCCUGCUGCGACAGACCGCCGACCGAGCCGUGCAGGCCUUCCUGCGCCUGCACCGCCACCGCCGCGUCCCCCUCCACAAACUGCUGCUGGAGAUGCUCGACGCCAAGGCCUGA